GCAGGGCAGAGCACACCGGAGGGACUAGCUAGGUGCCUUGCAGUUGUCCGCCUACUAUUUACACCCGCCUUCAUUUAUAUCAAUGCAUCACGUCGCGUUUGGCAGCGACGCGUAGUCUCUCUGCACGGACGUCUUUAAUUCACCAAAGUGUCGGUGCGCGAUGUCGGAGGAGGACUCGGUGGCAGCAACAACAACAACACGGAGCGCUGCUGUCCCGUUAGCAUCGCAACGCCCUCCGGUCCAUGCUGUUUAACCCGAGCACGCCCGUCUACGCCUCCCGCCCAGUCCAGUCCAGUCCAGACUCGCUACGAGGCCCACCGCGAUGGCCGAGGAGGACCCGCAGCAGCAGCCGGACCGCGGGGCGAGGAGUCUGCCCGGCCUGCUCACCGGGCUGCAGGGCGCUGAGGCCAGUGCUCUGCAGCUGAGGAUCAAGAACUCCAUCUGCAAAUCUGUUCAAUCAAAGGUGGAAAACAUUCUGCAAGAUGUGGAGAAGUUCUCAGACAUUGAAAAACUCUACCUCUACCUUAAGUUGCCUUCUGGUCCAACCAGUAGCAUUGAAAAAAGUGACCAGAACACCCUGUCAUCAAGCCGCACACAGCAGAUGCAUGCGUUCAACUGGAUCCGCCAUCAUUUAGAGGAAUACCCAGAGACGUCUCUUCCCAAACAGGAGGUCUAUGAUGAAUACAAGAGCUUCUGUGACAAUCUGAACUACCACCCACUGAGUGCUGCAGACUUUGGAAAAAUGAUGAAAAAUGUCUUCCCCAACAUGAAGGCGCGUCGACUUGGCAUGAGAGGAAAAUCAAAAUAUUGCUACAGUGGACUGAGGAAGAGGCCCUUUGUUCACAUGCCAUCUUUACCCUCUCUGGAUCUCCAUAAAACAGGGGAUGGGCUCCAGUGUGACGUCUUGGAGUCACCGUGUCAGCUGAGCAGCAUAAAGGAGGAUGUGCGGUUUGCAGCCUGUGAUCUGGUGUGCGAGUGGGCCCAAAAGGUGCUGAAACGCCAGUUUGAUGCCGUGGAAGACUUGGCUCGCUUCCUAAUCGACAGCCAUUACAUCAGCAACAAGUCUCUGGCAGCUCUCACCAUCGUCACCGGCACAGCAACAGAGGUCAAGCCUCCACAGACGGUUUCAGCAUUCGUCCCCACUGCCGAGGCUCACUCCUUCCAGCCUCAUGUGACGACCCUGUCCUCACCUUCUGUCGAUGCAAAGCAGCAACUCCAGAGAAAGAUCCAGAGGAAACAGCAAGAACAGAAGCUGCACUCUCCUCUACCCAGAGAGGGACAAACAAAGAGGGCAGAUGACGGUGUGCCUUGUGCCAGCCCAGCCCCUCCGUCACCUCAGCCAACCAUAGGCAUCGUGGUCGCUGCUGUCCCGAGCCCCAUCACGGUACAAAGAAGCAGGCAGCUGUUGUCGCCCAGCCCAAUGGGAACAGUAGAGGGCAAAAUGCUGCCUGUUAACUUCCAAAUGAUGACCCAGCCGGUCCAGGCAGUGAGACAGAGCCCCAAAACCCCACAAAAUAUUCUAGCCAGUCCAGUGGGAGAUCGCACUGCUCGGCAGCGCUAUGCGCAAAUCCUGCCCAAACCAGCGGCCACGACUGCCAUCACUUUGCGCUCGCCCUCCACCAUGAUCAUCCGCAACAGCCCUGUUAAGACUGUGAUGACCACAUGUCAUGUCAGCCCAGUCAGUUUGGUCCAGAUGGCAGCCAUAUCACUCGCACCCAGCGGCAGCAGUACCACCACUUCCCUCGCAAACGCCACUCUGCGGCCGGCAUCCGCAGGCAUUAGUAGUACUUUCGUUGCAGAAUACAUCAGCUCCAAUCAAAGCAUGAGGAGUGCUUCUGCAGUCCCCAUUCUGGCCCCGGUGGCCAGGUCCGGGCAGACUACUAACACUCAUACCAUCGAUGUUGAAAUGGAAGUUGAAGCUAUACAUCAAAACAGCAAAAUGCAAAAUCCUGGUGCUCUAGUUUUCACUCAAGAGGCGAUGGGAAAUCGGGCUGUAGGGGCUUCACAGAGGGCUGCCAGUGUGCCCAUACCUCAGUCUAGAGGCUUCUUGGGUCUGGAGGACACAUCCAGCACUAAUUGCAAUGGAAAUUCCUCCUCAAGCUCUACCACUGUCCAAAACUGCAAUAAUGGCGCUAAUAACACAAGCGCUUUGCACUUAACUCCCUCCACUCAGAAUACCAGCAUUUCUUUACUGAACACCAGCACACCACUUUCAUUUGGGCAAAGAAGCAGUUUAAUACCAGUAAAGGAAGGUUUCCUGUCCACUAAGAGCCUCAGGAAACGUUCAAGCCUCAGUCCAGACGUUUCUCCAAUCAAAAGGGCUUUUAUACCCCAGCAGCCAGUAGAGGGCAGUGCUGGUCUUGGAUAUGGGAUUGGAAACACGGUCGGUAACGUCCUCAGGCCAGGAGCUCCAACUAGACCUGAAAGUGCACCAGCUGCCAGAGAGGUAGAGACGAAAAUGAUCCACGUCCCAUACGCCCAAGUCCACGCGCCUUGCACUUCCUCUGUCAGAGCCAGUGGCUUCUACUCUGUUUCCAAAACACAGAGCUCAAUGCAGAGGAAAAACACCUCCACUGUUAUGGAAACUUGCACCCCACUCAGUCACGAAUUAAUUCAGCAACAGCAGGGUCACACGAUGUCUAACGUGCACGCCCUACCUCGUAACCCCGGCCUCCAAACACAUUCAGGUGUGAGUGAUGUUAGGAGUUCAGCCACAGGGAGCCUGGAAGGAGCUGAACAACAUACCUACUCUAAGUCUAUCCCUGUUUCUACACCCCUAGACUUUUUGAAUCAAGCUUCAUCGUCAGGCCAGCUCCCUAUGCAGACUGAUAUGGACUACUUUCCCUUUGAUGACGAUGUGACUCAGGACAGCAUUGUGGAGGAGCUGGUGCAGAUGGAGGAGCAGAUGAAACUUAACAACAUGCAGGAGUUUGGAAACUGUGUUACACUGCAAGGCCAACAGGCUGUGAUGCCCGACAACAUAAUGUCUACCAAUCAGACCAUGAAUGCUUACUAUCAUGCCGCAAACUGCCACAGCAACCCGAUCCAAACUCCAACACCGACACCCACUCCAACUCCCACACCCACGUCAGAAAUGAUGGGAGGAGUCCAAGGCUUCACCAGAGAGAGCCCUUUCUCCCGCAUCGCCUCCACAACCCCAGUGGACAGCGCACUGGGAAGCAGCCGACACACCCCAGCUGGUACUCCACACUCAAACUGCAGCAGCAAUGUGCCUCCCAGUCCAGUGGAGUGCAGAAACCAGUUUGCAUUUACACCCAUCAACUCAAGCAUCACUGGUUUCCACGACGGUAGCACCAUCUCCAGCAGCCCAGUCAAGCCCAUGCAGAGACCGACGGCAACCCACCCAGACAAGACCCGGCUGGAGUGGAUGAAUAACAGUUACAACAGCGGCAGCGGGAGCUUGAACAAGUCAAACAGUGGGAUGGGAAUCCUCCCCAGCUAUCAAAGCCUGAUAGGUGACCAUUUCCAAAAACCUCACGCUUUCGCCGUCCCUCAUGCGCGGCACCACGACAGCCAUUUUGGGCGCUUGACUCCCAUCUCGCCCGUGCAGCAGCAGAUAUCUAACAUGGCCAAGCAGGAGGGCUUUGCUGUGCCGGCCCCUCUGGAUAACAAAGCCACCAACUCACCUUCUGCAGCCUUUCGAUGUCGCAGUGUGAGCCCCGCUGUGCAUCAGAGGACCUUGAGUGGAAACACAGGAAACCUUCCCCACAUCCCUCGUUCAGUAGUGUCUCCCUAUAACUCUCCUGUGACGCCAGAGAUGUUGAACAUCUUCGCAAACAGCCAGACAAAUCUUGGGGUGAGCAGCAUGGCGCAGAGGAGCCAUUCUGUGCCGCUCAACAUCAUGAUGCAGACUGAGGUCCGGCCCACGCCAGGACAACACUGCAACAGCAAAAACAUCACCAAUGUGCUUCUGAGCAAGCUGGAUGGGGACCAUGACGACACUGUACGGGGGCUGGGCAUCAAUAACUUACCCUCCAGCUACACUGCACGCAUGAACCUCACCCAGAUCCUGGAGUCCGACCCCAACCUCUCCUGCAGUGACCACCACCUCAGCCUGAUGUCCUCUGACUCCACCAGCAGAUGCAAGUUGCAGAGGCCGGAUUACCUCAUUGAAAAUGCUAUUAAUGAACAAAUGAUUCUCUCAGCAGGAGACAGCCGAUUACAAUCAGCUUCUAGAGAGCAGCAUCGCCAACAGGCCCAGUCUAUGUUGUUAAGUCUGAGCUCACAGCAGCAUCAAGAGGAACUACAGCAGCAGUUGGAUUUCAGCACCACUGUGAAAGACCUCCUGACAGAAAACAGCCUUACUGCUGGCAGUCAGCUCAUGGACCAGGUGUCAGAGCUCAAUGCAGGUUCAGCAGAUUUCCCUUGUGAAAUCAGAAUCACAUCGGAGCUCUCUAGUAGCAUUAAUGACCUUAACGCAUUGGACGCAGACCUUCUGUUUGACCCCAACCAGCAGCAAGGGCAAUAUCAACAUGCUGCUGCAGAGGAGGAGUUGGUGAAUGAUGUGCUGUUUCAACAAAUUACCAGCGACACGGCGCAUUCAAGUGGACUUGACUGGCUCGAAAGCAAAGAUCAUCCAACUGUUGGGUUAAUGGGUUGAGAAAAGAGCUUUUUUUAAGUCAUGUUGAACAUGUUAAACUGCGGUUCUUGUUUGUUUUAUUUAUUUUCAAGUAUUUACUCUUUAUAAUGCAACACUGGACAUGUUGAGGUUUGUCCAGUUUAAGUGCCAGGCUGAACUGCAAUGAUGCUGCAGCACUCUGAUUAAAAUGCUGGUCAUUUCCCUUUAAUCAGAGGACAUCGCCUCACAUUGUUUAAACAAGAUCAUUUACAACAAGUAAACAAAAGUUACUUAACAAAAAACAAUCUUUCACUUAAUAGUCAGUGAAGAAAUCAUAAAAGAGCAAUGGAUUUCUUAGUGUAAAGAAAUGUAUAAAUGAAUAAAAAAAAG